AUGGAGUGCAGGGAGCCAGGAAGCUGUCUUAUAGCACAUGUGUGGGUGCCCAGCUUUUGCCACCACUUCUGUGCUCAUUUCUCUCUUCCUCUGUGUGAAACCCCAGGGUGCUCAAGCAAGCUGAGGACAUCAGAAAAGAUGUGGCUGUUUUGGGGACCGGACCCAAGCCGCAUCCGCUGUGAUGUGCCCUUCACAGAAGCCAUCAACCAAAGGAUGCAGGUUCCCAGCAGACUGAGGGUAACAAACAGCUUCAGCCCUGUGGAUGAGGAGUCGGUGACAGAGGAGGUGUCCCCUUCCCUUCGGAUGCACAUCCCUGAUAGGAUUUCUCUUGCAGAUACACCAGAUGCCAGUUUGAGGCCCAUGCUGCUGACCCCACAAAAGGAGGUUCCCUCUGUCAUGGUGCACAUGGAAUCUGCACAGCCCUGCCGCGGGGAUGCCCCUUACCUGCACAUCACCAGCAGAUCGAGCUCCCAGAAGCGCAAGCGAUCGGGCCACCACAACAGCAAGUCACGGCGGGAGAAGACCUCAAGUGACGGUGCCCUGCUGGCCAUGCACAGCCCGGGCCAGCACCGUGAGCGGCUGGACCCGUGCCCCUUGCCCGCGCGCAGUGCCCCGCUCCCCCUCCUCACGGGGACGGGCAGGAUCUAUUCCAUGCAGAACAUCUUCCAGACCAUGUACCUCCUGGGCCAGAUGCUCCUCCACCGGCUCCAGCGCUCCCUGCAAGACCCAAUGCCACCCAGCUCCCAGGAGGCCGGCCCAGCCCCAGAGAGUGCCUUGGAGGAGGCUGGAAUGACUGAGAUGGCAGCAAUGAGAAAGCAGCUGGCGAGGAUCUCGAGCAGGGUGCGGGUGCUGGAGGAGCAGUGCAAGGCCUCGCAGCAGAAGGAGAUCCUGGUCUACUCCGUGCUCAUCUCCGCCUGCCUCAUCAACACGUGGCUCUGGAUGAGGAGAUGAUUCCCUGUGCCCUGACCUCUCCUGCCCGGCGCUGGCAGGGUGGCUGAGGGCAGAGCGAGGAUCCCUGCUCGUGUACUUGCAGUCAGUAAACCCGUGUGGCC